GUUUACUGGGAAAAUGGAGCCCAGAUCACCUCUCCUCACGACAAGGAAAUUAUCAAGUGCAUAGAAGAGUGUGUUGAACCAUGGAACGGCUCUUGGAAUGAGAAUUUAGUGGACACCAGCCCCCUGAGACAGGAUCCUCUGAAGAAGAUCUGUGACUGUUACAUGGAGGAUCUGAAAAAGAUCUGUUAUUAUAGAGAGCUAAACGUGCAAACAAAUUUGAAGUUCGUCCAUACCUCAUUUCAUGGAGUGGGACACGACUACGUGCAGUUGGCGUUCAAAGCGUUUGGCUUCCAACCCCCUAUUCCAGUACCUGAACAAAAAGAUCCAGACCCAGACUUCUCUACUGUCAGAUGCCCAAAUCCUGAAGAAGGAGAAUCUGUGCUGGAGCUGUCUCUGAGGCUUGCAGAGAAAGAAAAUGCUAAAGUAGUAGUGGCUACUGAUCCAGAUGCAGAUAGACUCGCAGUGGCAGAACAGCAGGAGAAUGGCUGCUGGAAGGUGUUCACUGGCAACGAGCUGGCAGCCCUGUUUGGGUGGUGGAUGUUCUCUUGCUGGAAGGAAAACUGCUCUGAAGACGCUGAUGUGAAGAAUGUUUACAUGUUAGCGACCACCGUCUCCUCCAAAAUUUUGAGGGCAAUUGCACUUAAAGAGGGAUUUCACUUUGAAGAAACACUCCCUGGUUUUAAAUGGAUCGGAAGCAGAGUAAAAGAUCUCCUAGAUAAUGGAAAAGAAGUUCUCUUUGCGUUUGAGGAGUCUAUUG